GACGCGCCGUUUCAGGUUACGAGUGUGACCUCCUUUAUUCUCCGCGGUGAGAGUGAGAGGGACUCCAAAGUUCAGAUAGGGUUAAAGGAAAAAGAAAACAAAAAGAGAGAGGUGGGAGAAAAAGAAGAAGGGGAAAAGGAAAAAUCAGGCGGCGAAGCCGUCUCGGGGUUGCAGAGAAAUGGAAGGAGAAGGAGCAGACGCAGAGCAGGAAGGAGAACGAACUGAGUCUGUCGCUGACGAGGACGUUGUGAUCGCAACUCGUUAACCCCCCUCCCCCCCCAACACUUUUCCUCUUCCUCUUCUCUUUUGGGCCUCGGUAGUUAGCAGCCACGAUGAUGGCGGCAGAGAAGACGCUCCUCGCUCUAGAGCAGCGGCUCUCCAGGUGGACUCUCCUAGACUCCGCCUCCCCACACCCUCUCUGGCCCGAUCCCUCCGAGUCCUCGGCCUUCCUCAAGGCCGUUGACCUCCUUCUCGGCACCAUCCGCAGCUGGGACUCCGCCCUCUCCCGCGACGGCGCCUCCCCGACCCUUGCCUCCUGUCUCGACCGCGCCCACAACCUCCUCCACGCCGCCGUCUUCCGCCUCUCCGACGAAUUUGUCUCCCUCGCCUCCGCCGGACAGCUGCAACCCUCCGACGACUUCGACGACCAUGGCGAAGAUGAUGACGAAGAGGAUAUUCCGGUCGCCCAGCCGCUUUCUGAUUUCGAGAUUGCCAUCGAGAUCUUUCCACCGGGCGUCGUCUCCGACCUGCAUGAGAUCGCCAAGCGGAUGGUGGCCGCCGGGUUCGCCGAUGGCGUCUGCCACGUCUACAGCAGCAAUCGGAGGGAAUUCCUCGACGAGAGCGCGUCCAGGGUGGGAUUUGGGGGCGAUCGGCCGUACUCAAGUGGAGGAGGACGGGAGGAGGAGGGCGAUGGUGAUCUGCAAAACGGGAUCGAGAAGUGGAUCCAGGCGAUCAAGCUCGCUGUCCAUGUGCUCUUCCCUAGCGAGCGGCGUCUCGCCGAUCAGAUCUUCACCGGAUACCCUUCCGUCGCCAAUUACUGCUUCAUGGAGGUGUCACGCGGCCUGAUGGAUCGGUUCCUGCAGUUCGCCGAUGAAGUCUGCGUCUCGGGCCGGUCCGUCGAGCGUCUCUUCGAGGUGCUGCGAAUGUUCGAGACGCUGACGGAGCUCCUCCCGGAGCUCGACGGCCUGUUCUCCGGAAGCGCCGCCUGCGCGUUCCUCUGCACGGAGGCCGCCGACAUCCGCCGCCGUCUGGGCGACACCAUAAGGGCGAUUUUCCGGGAGUUCGAGGUCGCGAUACAGCGGGAUUCCAGCAAGCCGGUCCCCGGCGGGGGACUUCACCCGCUGACGCGGUACGUGAUGAAUUACAUGAGGGUCGCCUGCGACUACAAGCCGACGCUCGACGUGAUCUUCGCCCCUCCGAGCGGUGGCGGAGGAGCCGUUGGCGUAGCUCCGGAGGGUGGGUUGACGGCUGAGACGUUAUGGAUAAUGGAGCUUCUGAUGAGCAAUUUGGAAGCCAAGACAAAGGCAUACACAGACCCAGCACUGAGACACCUCUUCUUGAUGAACAAUUGGAGGUACAUAGUAAGCAAGGUGAGGGACUCGGAGGGUCUAGCUUCCCUUCUUGGGGCGGAGUGGAUCCGGAAUCAGGGGGCGAAGGUGAAGCAGAACCAGGCAUGGUAUCAGAGGAGCGCGUGGGGAAAGGUGGUAUCGACGUUGGUCUUGCAGGGGGGCGCGGCUGACGCAUCGCUGGCUCCGAGAACGGUGGUGAGGGAGAAGAUGAGAAUCUUCAGUAACUUGUUCGAUGAGAAUGUAAAGGAGCAGUCGGGGUGGGUCGUGCCGGAUGAGCAGCUGCGGAGGGAAAUCAGGAGCGCGGUAGCGGAGAUGGUGGUCCCUCCUUUUCAAGAAUUCUUGACGAAAUUCCGGCACCAAUUGGGUGGGAAAGGUGCCGGUGGUGAGGCGGUGGUGAAGUAUAUUCCAGAGGAGCUUCGGGACCGUUUAGACGAGCUCUUUGGGGGUAGUAGGCCUCCUGGCUGCUGAUCCCCUUAGUGUGCCCAUUGGAGAUGCUGAUUGUUCCUUUUUCCUUUGUCUUUGUUCAUGUAAAUUAAAAUUCUGAGUAUAAUUUGGCACGGGUAGACGAUGUAACCAAUGGUUCUAUAGUGAUUCUCAUGUACAUCAUAAGGAAAUUGGUUGCUUCCUUUUGAAA